GUGAGCCAUUUCAAAGGAGUAGGCUCCGCUUUUCCGCUCGGUCUUCGGUCCUCGGUCCUCGGUUUGAAACUCAGCUCGAAAAAUGAAAUUGAAGUAUCAAAAGAAACACCAGCCGCUCGACCCAAUUAAACAAGCUCUUCGAAAAUUUGCACGUGUACUUGGCAAGGCCUUUUUAUACCUCGGCACCCCACCCCUGUGUCCACUCCACCAGGCCAGUGCGUUGAACCUACUGCACUGCCACUAUCUUGGCGUCUGUCCAGUCUGCGCCCUGAGUUCCUUUUCAGGAAGCAGGACAUCAUGUUCGAGUCCGUAUUCUUCGUGCUGCGGCAAUUCUACAACUUCGUCUGCCCCAUGCAAAUCUUCUACGAAAUCGAGGAGGCUGAACAAGGGGGCCACCAAGAGGAGUGGGAUAUUUGGAGGGAACUUUGAGAUUCGACGGCAUGACAACCAAACCAACUGAUUAAUGGCGGGCUGGGCGGAAGCUGUUGGCAAUAAAGAGAACUCUCGCUUUUCCUGGUAACCCCACACCGCUACGCACAUAAUUUUCGCAUAAAUUGUCAAAUGUUUAAAGCCUGAGCAACAGUCAAGGUAUCCAAAGCUUGCGGAUUAAACUUAUUGCUUCUA